AAGGUUCAAAACAGCAGCAAAGUGAGUCAAACUAAGUGUUCUCCCCUUGCUACUGUUCUGUAAAAGAGUGUCAUAGCGACGGCUUCUGAAACUGAGGCUGUACAAUGGAUUUCGCCCGUCAGGACAGAAAUAAAAUAACAGCAAUCAACGUUCAAUUAACAAACAAUCACACUUCUCAUAACCUGAGUAGAAAUGACAUCAUUCAUUGGAUAAAUAGUAUCUUAAAUACCGACUACCACAGGAUCGAAGAGCUUUGUACAGGUGCUGCUUAUUGUCAAGCUGUUGAUAAACUGUUUCCUGGUAAAGUCCAACUUCGGAGAGUCAAAGUGCAGACCAAACUCGAGCAUGAAUUUAUAAAUAACUUCAAAUUAUUACAGGAUGCCUUCAAUAAGACUGAAACAGACAAGAUAAUUCCAGUCGAACGCUUGGUAAAGGGAAGGUUUCAAGAUAAUAUCGAAUUUGCUCAAUGGUUCAAACUGUACUUUGAUGCAAACGGUAGAGGAAUGAAAUUCAGCCAACCAAAAAAUAGACCACAAUCUGUCAUUACUAGACGACCAAAGAGAUCACCAAGAAAUUCAACUAAGAGCUCAGCAUCGUCCACAUAUGGAUUGGAAUCUGGAGGUCAGUAUAGCAGUGAAUUAGAUGUAGAAAUUGAAGAACUUAGGAAGAAGGUUAUGCGUUUUAAAAUGGAUAAGGAAUCAUUAGAAAAAGAAAGAGACUUCUACUUCGGCAAGUUAUGUCAAAUUGAAGUAUUGUGCCAAUCUGAAGAUUAUGAAGAUGAGCCGAUGACAAAGCAUGUAAUAGACGUGUUAUGUGCUUAUGAGUAUCAGACAUGA